ACUAAGAAAGCGCCAUAUCUGCGUCUUCUUCGAUCCUUCCUGAUUAAAAAAAAACUCUCUUCCUUUGUCUCUCGGUUUCUCCACUCUUUUCGUCCCACCACUAACCAUUCCUUACCCUCAAAAGCCAUCGAAUCGCCCAGUAUAACACUUCAACACAAACCCAUUUCCCGACCAACUCGUUAGCUCAAACCACCGCCAGUUUCACCUUUUUCCGACCAAAAAAAACACAGAUGGCAGACGGUAAUAACAACAACAACAAGGACAACAUAGACCCACUGCUCCAAUACAUGACCAUCCCUAGAAUGAGAGAACCGCCUCCAAUUCUCUUCCCCGUCCCUGAAGAAGGCGGCGAAGUCGCUAUUCCCAUGCCGAUGACACCGAAGGAGUUCAAAGACCGUUUAAUCUUCGGACCCUUCUCACGCUCUCCCCGAGACUCCUCUCAGUACUUCGACUCUCUCUCUCAGAAACACUCCCCGUCUUCUUCCACCACCGCCACCGCCGCCACCGCCACCGCCGCCACCGCCGCCGCCGCAGAAACAUUCUCCGACGCCUCAUCCGCCGACCCUCUCCUCCCUCCGCCGCCGCAACAACCGGAGCCAUGGUCUCACGGCCACGCGCUCCACCGCUCCAAAACCGCGCCGGCGAUGGCCGUGAUCAACGAUCACAACCACCACCCGACGCCUCACCAGAAGGAUCUCGACUCGUCCCGCUCCGUCGUGAGACAGGCCUUCGCUCUCCUCGUCGUAUACCUCUCCCUAGGCGUCCUCAUCUACUGGCUCAACCGCGACCACUACGUGGUGAACCAGACCCACCCCGUCGUCGACGGGUUGUACUUCUGCAUCGUCACCAUGUGCACCAUCGGUUACGGAGACAUCACUCCCAACAGCGUCGUCACGAAGCUCUUCUCGAUCAUGUUCGUCCUCGUAGGGUUCGGUUUCAUCGAUAUUUUGCUCAGCGGGAUGGUCUCGUACGUCCUCGACCUCCAAGAGAGCUACAUGUUGGACUCGGCUAAGCGGAGAGACGAGCCGGAUCAUAAAAGGAGGUCGUAUAUAAUCGACGUGAAGAAAGGGAGGAUGAGGAUUAGGUUGAAAGUUGCGUUGGCGUUAGGAGUUGUGGUUCUAUGCAUCGCUGUUGGUGUUGGGAUCAUGCAUUUUAUCGAAGGGAUCGAUUGGUUGGAUUCGUUUUAUCUCUCGGUUAUGUCGGUUACUACCGUUGGGUAUGGAGACAGGGCGUUUAAGACGUUGCCCGGCAGGCUUUUCGCUGCGGUGUGGCUGCUUGUCUCUACGUUAGCCGUGGCUCGGGCUUUUCUGUAUUUGGCUGAGGCGAGAGUUGAUAAGAGGAAUAGGGAACGGGCAAAGAAAGUGCUGCGUGAGGCUAUGUCUGUGUCUCAGUUCUUUGCUGCGGAUAUUGAUAACAAUGGCUGUGUGAGUAAAGCGGAGUAUGUGAUUUACAAAUUGAAGGAGAUGGAGAAAAUAACGGAUAAAGACAUAACUCCAAUCUCAAAACAGUUUGACAAACUCGACCGAUGCAGCAAUGGGAAAAUUACUCUUGGAGAUCUCUUGGAAAGUAGCAGUGGCGAUUGAUCCUCUUGCACCUUUUUUUUUUUGUUUUAGCUUAGUUUACAGUAGUUGUAAAUUACAAACCUGAUCAACGAUGCUGACUAUGUUAAAUGAUUAAUAAUAAUUGAUGAGUAGUCCGGUCUCUGGUUUACUUUAAAA